AUGACGCCAGACAGCAACCCCCUCCUGUGCGUGUCCAGCACCGCGCAUCGGGCGCUGAGUCUCCACUGCACCACGCCGCCGAGAUCCGCCGUCAUCAAUGUGCAGGAUGAAGCACCGCUCCACCAAAAAAAACGCCCGCUGGCCCCUCGAACCCGUGAACCUCCAUCAAGCAUCGUGUGCACGGGUCACUGCCGAUCUGAGCCGCCGCACAUCGAGGUCGCACCGGCCAGAUCAGAUCUGUCCGGAGGGCAAACCACACAUGACCCGACCCAACCACCAGGCCCUCCAUGCCGCCACCACACCUUGCUGCCGUCGAAGCCGGCCAGCAGCACCGGCGGUGAGCCAGAUCUGGCCGCCUGCCAGACCCAGCAACCCUCCUCCGCAGGGCAGCCACAAGAGGCGCACAACUCCCGGCCAGCAAACCUGCAGGGUUCCCCCGAGCCGCCCAGGAGCGACGCGGGGGACGCGGGGGACGCUCAAGAGGACGCCCAUCUGGGCUUCAGAACGCUCAGGCCAGAGCUCGCGCACCAACUGUUCGAUGAAAUGCUGCGCCAACCUGUCCCAGUAUCAGCGCGUGCACUCAACGGCUUAUUUGUUGCACUCGUGCGUGCGCCGCCCUCAACCGCCUGCACCAAUGCCUCUGCCCUCGCCAUCGAUCUCUUCAACCGCAUGGCCCAAGCAGGUCGUCGCCAGGUGACAGCGCCCACCAUUUACACCUACAAUAUACUAAUUGACUGCUGCCAUCGAGCAUGCUGCCCGGACCUAGGGCCUGCCUUCUUCGGCCGCCGCCUCAAGACAGGCAUACCGACGGACAUCAUUACCUACAGCAACUUAUUCAAGUGCCUCUGCGACAUGAAGCGCACGGAGGAGGCUUUGGGCGUGCUGCUCCACAGGAUGCCCGAUGACCUGCCUGAUGUCAUCUCCUACUCAGUAAUUCUCAAGAGUUUCUGUGACAAUGGUAGGAGCCAGCUCGCGCUUGACCUGCUCCGGAUGAUGGCCGAAAAAGGAUCUGACCACUCCCCCAGCGUGGUGUCAUACAGCAUGGUAAUCGAUGGUUUCUUCAAGGAGGGUGAAAUAAGCAAAGCAUGUGAUCUAUUCCAUGAAAUGAUGCAGCAGGGGGUUGUGCCCGAUGUGGUGACGUAUAGCUCCGUUAUCGAUGCUCUGUGCAAAGCAAGAGCAAUGGACAAGGCAGAGGUGGUUCUUCGAUCAAUGGUUCAUAAUGGUGUCCAACCAGAUGCUGUGACAUAUAAUUGCCUGAUCCAAGGAUAUUCGACUUUGGGACAGUUGAAAGAAGUCGCUAGGUUGUUGAAAGUGAUGAGAAGCCAAGGUGUUAUGCCAAGCGUUGUUACCUACACCUCACUCAUGGACUACCUUUGCAAGCAUGGAAGAACCAAAGAAGCUCAGGAAAUAUUUUAUUCCAUGGCUGUGAAUGGGCAAAAACCUGAUAUUGUCGCAUACUGUACUAUGCUCUAUGGGUACUCUAUAGAAGGAUCCCUUGUUGAUAUGAUCGAUCUCUGUGAGCUGAUGGCAAGAGAUGGAGUUGUACCCAACCUCCGUUGUUUCAACAUACUGAUUAAUGCAUAUGCUAAGCAUGGAAUGAUGGAUGUGGCCCUGCUUUUCUUCGAAGAUAUGUUGAAGCAGGGGGUGAAGCCUAAUGAAUUCACUUAUUUAACUGUGAUAUCUGCAUUUUGCAAGAUGGGCAGGAUGGAUGAUGCGAUGGAAAAAUUCCGUGAGAUGAUUGAUAUGGGAGUACCAGUUGACACAGAAGUUUACAUGUGCAUGGUUGAGGGUUAUUUUAAAAAUGGUGAUUCAGUGAAAGCCAAUGAUUUUAUUACCAAAAUGAAGAACAAGGAUAUUCCAAAUAGGCCGCAGAAGGGUAAUUGAUGAACAUGGAAAAUUCAAUGAGAUGAUUGAUAUGGCAGUACCACGUGAUACAACUGUUUACAUGUGCAUGAUUGAGGGUUAUUUGAAUCACGGUGACUCCAUGAAAGCGAAGGAAU